ACUUGGCAACGGAACCCCUGGUCAAGUUAAAUCAAAACCAAUGCGAAAAGGCUUGCCUGGUGACCACUGACCUGCAAGUGGACGUACCAUGACUGUGAUGACUGUGACAUUUUCGAAAUCUGUUUCAACAUUUAAAGGGUUUUACUCCUGGUUAGGGGGUUAGUUUGCGAGCGUUUGAAGGCUUUUCAGUGAUAUUUUCGUCAAAUUCGGUUCGAUUUUGCUGCUGUAUCGAGGCAGGAGGCAAAAUAUAAAAAGAGGCAGGGAAGUGUUUAGGUACCCUUCUCGCUAAUACGACUGUCUGUUUUUCUGGAAUCGAGUCUGCGAAGGUUUCGUGCUAAUUUUCAACGGCGUUAGCGAAAAUAUUAUGGAGUCCUCCAUUGUGCCUGGGCAGCUUGCAGGAUGGGAGACACACGGUUUUCAUACAAUGGAAGAUUUGGAUAUAUAUACAGUAGAAGAAGAAGCUCAAUCGAGAUGGCUUAGGCCAAAUGAAAUCUAUGCUAUUUUAUGUAACUACAGGCACUUUAGCAUCAAUGCAAAGCCACUAGAUACACCUGCUAGUGGUACUUUAAUUAUGUUUGAUCGCAAAGCAUUAAGGAACUUUAGGAAGGAUGGUCAUGCAUGGCAGAAGAAAAAGGAUGGCAAAACUGUCAAAGAAGCUCACGAGCACCUUAAAGUUGGCAAUGAAGAGAGAAUCCAUGUUUAUUAUGCUCAUGGUGAGGACAAUCCAAAGUUUGUUCGUAGGAGCUAUUGGCUACUUGAUAGAGCCUAUGAACACAUUGUCCUUGUACAUUAUCGAGAAGUGUCAGAGGUCAGUAAUAAAAGCAUUGUUUCACCCCAAGGAGGUCUGACAGGUAGGUCACACUUAUCAAAGCGGAUCUAUACACCAGUUGUGUCACCGGUUACCCCGAGCAAUUCAAGUACAAGCUCAGCAUACUCAGCAAAACCUACAUCAUGGAUAUCAUCAGAUGAGCUUGAUUCUACAGAGAAUGCUUCCGGAUAUACACAUCAACCACAAGUUUCAGGCUUUAAUGCUACUGGGAACAAAGGGCAUCAGCUGAGUACGUGGAAAGAUACUGGCAGUUUACAUUAUAGCAAUGCAAGAACAGGGAGUCCCGAGGAUUUGACAAUUCAUCAGAUAAAUACAUUAGAUUGGGAGCAAUUGUUGGAACCACAAGAUUCUCCUGAAGGGAUUUCCACCGAAGACAUCACACAGAGCCAUAGGAGGACACAUCGAAAUGGUCAGUUUGAAACAAUUGAAACUCCGAACAGUGGGAGUUUCUUAGUUGAUGGUUUGUGUUCUGAAGCUGUACAACAAUUAAAUGAUGGAGACCAGAAGUUUAUGCAUGAAUCACUUUAUUGGGAAAAGCCUUUUCAAAAUAAUAUGCCAACUGGAAGUACACUUGUAGAAUUUGGACAGUCUGAAGUAAGUAGAUCUGAAUGUAUGGAACAUAACCAAUGGACUCUUCUGGAACAAGACAAAAUGAUUCCUAAUCAAUUGGUGGAAGCUCAAAAUCUACAAAGUCCCUCUUUUGAGAAAGCUGAGCAUCCUGGGUAUAUGGUGAAUGAAGUGGUCGAACCUCCAACAGGUUGUGAACCUGUCAAAGCAAUGAAUGGAAAUUCUUUCAAGAAACAAGACAGCUUUGGAAGGUGGUUAACUUCUGUUCUCGGGGAUUCACCAGAAUUGACAGAUGAAGGGUCAAACAACACUUACAGACAAGAGGAAGAGUUGGAUUCACAUGUUACAGGGGAUCAAUCACUUGUUCAUGGACAAGUUUUCUGCAUUACAGAAGUUUCACCUAUGUGUGGAUUCUCAACAGAAGAAACAAAGGUAAUCAUUACAGGCUACUUUGUUGGAACUCAAAAGGAUAUUGUGGAAGCUAAGUGGUCUUGUGUCUUUGGUGAAAUGAUUGUUCCAGCGGAGGUUGUGCAAAUUGGGGUUUUUAGAUGUAAGGCUCCACAGCAUGCUCCAGGGAUUGUCAAUCUAUUCUUGACUUGCAAUGAGCAAACGCCACAUAGUCAAAUUUUGAGCUUUGAAUAUCGUGUUAAUGCAUUUAUUGACCUAGAUAAGAACUUUUUUGCUCAAACUGAGGAGGUACUUGAGGAAUUCGCACUUCAGAUAAGGUUGUUUCAUUUACUUUUCUCCAGUUUUAAGGGCAUACUAGCCCAUGGUAAUAAAAAAACUGAGAGAGUGAUCAAUAUAGAGAGAGUUAUUUCUGUGCUAUUCACAAACAAUGAAGGAGAUUGGCUUUCACUUCCAAAACUGGUCACAGAGAAAAGAAAAUCUUUGGCAGAAGCCAAGAGUCAUCUACAUGAGUUAAUUUUGAAAAAGAAAUUACAGGAGUGGGUUUUGGAAAAAAUGGUUGACAAAGGUGGUGCAAAUGCCCAUGAUAGUUGUGGGCAAGGAGUUAUACACUUGGUAGCGGCUCUGGGGUAUGACUGGGCUGUAAUUCCAAUAUCAUGUGUGGGCAUGUCUGUGAAUUUUCGAGAUAGACAUGGGUGGACAGCACUGCACUGGGCAGCUUUUUAUGGGAGGGAGCAGAUGGUGGCAGCACUUUUAGCUGCAGGGGCCAAUGCAAGUAUGGUUUCUGAUCCAACACCAGAGUCACCAGGUGGAUGGAAUCCUGCCGAUCUGGCUUUCAAUAAAGGGUACGAGGGACUAGCUGGAUAUCUGGCAGAAAAAGCACUAACAACACACUUGGAGAAUCUUACACUAUAUGAUAAAGAUGAUCCAAGGAAACAGACUAGUUCAUCCGACUUUGAAAUUUAUGAGUAUUUGACUGAAGAUGAAAUUUGUAUGAGAGAUUCUCUUGCUGCUGUUCGUACAGCUACAGAGGCAGCAGCUAAGAUAAAUUCUGCAUUUCGAGAGCAUACAUUCAAAUUAAAAAUGAAAGCAUUUGAACUAGCUGAUCAUAGUACAACCAAGGAGGAAGCAUUGAAAAUGAUUGCUGCCCUUAAGAUUCAGAGGGCAUAUAAGGAGCACCGAGAAAAGAAAAAGAUUGUUGCAGCAAGGCGCAUACAACAUGUGUUCCGUGGUUGGAAAACUCGCAAAGAAUUUCUAAACCUACGAAGACAAGUAGUCAAGAUUCAGGCAUGCUUUCGGGGACAUCAAGUUAGGAAGCAUUAUUGUAAAAUUCUAUGGUCUGUUGGAGUUCUCGAAAAGGCCAUAUUACGCUGGCGUUUAAAACGAAAGGGCUUGCGGGGGCUUCAAGUGGACACUAACAUGUCAAGUGAGCACACAGAGCCAGAGCCAGAGCCAGAAAGUGACAAUAUAGAAGAUUUUUUCAGAAUUGGGAGAAAACAUGCUGAAGAAAGAGUAGAAAGAUCUGUUGUGCGUGUGCAAGCUAUGUAUCGAUCAUAUAAGGCACGGGCUGAAUAUAGAAGAAUGAAACAAUGCCAUAACCAAGCACAGUUGCAAUACGAUCAGCUUAAUAAUCUGGAUCUCAAUAUGCAUCCUAGAGACUGACAUUCCUAAGAAUGACUCAAAUCUAGUGUCAUUGCUCAAACAGUCUUUAGAUAGAAAGUGUACAUAUGUCCUUUUGUGUGUUGGUUGGUCUAGUGUUUGGGCGAGUACAUUUUCUUUUAAGUCAGCCAUACUAUGCAAGCAGAUCCCUACACCGAGCUUUGUUCUCAUAAAAAUGUCCAUAUGGAACAUUUAGAUAAAUCCAUCUUUCAGAAUAUCCUGUCAGUUACCAUAUGGAAAUAUCAUUGAGCCAUACGAUAUUUGUCUUGGCUCAGGCAAACCGCUCCAUAUACCUUAGAUCAAUGUACAGUGCAACACUAUUUCUUUUCUUAAUUAAUUGAGAGUUUAAUACA